AAAAUAGUAGAAAAGAAAUACUAACAGUUAAAAUCUUGGUAAAUCUCAUCUGGGUUUUGACUAGGGUUAUGAAUUUAUAGAAUCUGCAGCCUAUCCUAUAUCUCACCAUCUCAUUGUGGCGUCGCAGUGCUUGAGGCACUUCACUUUCUCAAAGGCAUUUUCCAACACAUAUAUAUUUAAUCGAAGGUUUUGUCAGCUUUCUGGUGAGACUCUGCUAAAAGAUAUGGAUUCUGGAAAGAGCUUUGCUAGGAGAGACAAACUUUUGGAAAUUGAAUCACAAGUUCGAAAGUUAUGGGAAGAGAAUGAUGUUUUCCGGGCUGAAGCUGGAGCAGAACCACCCAAGGAGGGGGAAAAGUUUUUUGGUAACUUCCCUUUCCCCUAUAUGAAUGGGAACUUGCAUUUGGGCCAUGCUUUUUCUCUCUCGAAACUUGAGUUUGCUGCUGCCUUUCAUAGGCUAAGAGGUGCUAAUGUCUUAUUGCCAUUUGCUUUUCACUGCACUGGAAUGCCAAUUAAGGCCUCAGCUGAUAAACUUUGUAGAGAGGUUCAGAAAUUUGGCAAUCCACCUGUGUUUCCUGAUGUAGCAGAGGAGGCGCCGAAGGAAGUGGCAUUAAAACCCGAGGAAGUUGAGGGUGCACCUGAUAAGUUUAAGGGUAAGAAGUCAAAAGCAGUGUCAAAAGCAGGCGGCGAUAAGUAUCAGUGGGAAAUUAUGAGAAGUUAUGGGCUUUCUGAUUCUGAAAUUUUGAAGUUUCAGGAUCCUUAUUAUUGGUUAACGUAUUUCCCUCCUCUUGCUGUUGAAGACCUCAAGAGUUUUGGGUUGGGCUGUGAUUGGAGGCGUACAUUUAUCACAACCGAUAUGAACCCAUUUUUUGACUCCUUUGUUAGGUGGCAGUUGUUAAAAUUGAAGGGCAUGGGAAAAGUUGUGAAGGACUUGAGAUACACUAUUUACUCUCCAUUUGAUGGCCAGCCCUGUGCUGAUCAUGACCGAGCUUCAGGUGAAGGUGUUAAUCCUCAGGAGUAUACUCUUAUCAAAAUGGAGGUUGUGUCACCGUUCCCCCAGAAAUUAGGAGCUUUGGAAGGUAAAAAAGUUUAUCUUGCAGCAGCGACACUGAGACCGGAGACGAUGUAUGGGCAAACAAAUUCUUGGGUGCUGCCUGAUGGAAAGUAUGGCGCAUUUGAAAUCAAUGAUGAAGAGGUGUUCAUUUUAACUGAAAAGUCGGCCCGUAAUUUAGCAUAUCAGAGAUUGUCGCGAGUUCCACAGAAGCCGACUUGUUUGCUAGAGCUGACUGGUCAUGAUUUGAUUGGUUUGCCUCUGAGGUCUCCAUUGGCCUUUAAUGACAUCAUAUACUCUCUCCCCAUGAUGUCGGUUCUCACUGACAAGGGUACUGGAAUAGUUACUAGUGUUCCAAGUGAUUCUCCUGAUGAUUUUAUGGCCUUGCAGGACUUGAAAUCGAAACCAGCUUUUAGGGCCAAAUUUGGUGUUAAAGAUGAAUGGGUUCUACCAUUUGAAAUCAUUCCUAUAAUCCACCACCCAGAUUUCGGAGAUAAAUCUGCUGAGAAAAUCUGUACGGAUAUGAAGAUUCAGAGUCAGAAUGAUAGAGAAAAGCUUGAUGCUGCAAAGAAGAUUAUCUAUAAGGGUGGGUUUUAUGAAGGAACUAUGGUUGCCGGGGAAUAUGCUGGCUUGAAAGUCCAGGAUGCUAAGAAUUUAAUUAAAAACAAGCUGUUAGAUAUUGGUCAAGCUGUUAUUUAUAGCGAGCCGGAGAAGAAGGUGAUGUCCAGAUCAGGAGAUGAAUGUGUUGUUGCUUUGACUGAUCAGUGGUACAUUACUUAUGGAGAAGAAAAUUGGAAGAAGGAUGCAGAAAGAUGCUUGGAGGGGAUGAAUCUCUUUUAUGAUGAAACUCGUCAUGGUUUUGAGCACACACUGGGUUGGCUAAAUCAGUGGGCUUGCUCUCGUAGUUUUGGUCUUGGGACUCGUAUUCCUUGGGACGAGGAGUUUCUUGUGGAGUCUUUAUCUGAUUCAACGCUUUACAUGGCAUAUUACACUGUAUGCCAUUUGUUACAGGGAGGGGAUAUGUAUGGUGCUGAUACAUCUUCAGUAAAACCAGAGCAGCUGACAUAUGAGGUUUGGGAUUUCUUGCUAUGUGAUGGGCCGUACCCUAGUUCAUCAAGUUUAUCACCAUCUCUUCUUGAUGAGAUGAAGAAGGAGUUUAAGUAUUGGUAUCCAUUUGAUCUCAGAGUUUCAGGCAAGGAUCUUAUCCAAAAUCAUCUGACCUUUUGCAUUUAUAACCACACAGCACUCAUGCCCAAAAAUCACUGGCCUCGAGGUUUCAGAUGCAAUGGACACCUUAUGCUGAAUUCAGAGAAAAUGUCAAAGUCCACCGGAAAUUUUAGGACCUUGCGACAAGCAAUCGAAGAGUUCUCAGCUGAUGCUACCAGGUUCUCCCUUGCUGAUGCUGGGGAUGGGAUGGACGAUGCCAAUUUUGUUUUCGAAACUGCUAAUGCUGCUAUUUUGAGGUUGACUAAAGAGAUUACAUGGAUGGAAGAGGUUCUUGCUUCUGAAUCAACAUUGCGAGUUGGUCCUCCUUCUUGCUAUGCAGACCAUGUUUUUGCCAAUGAGAUCAAUAUUGCUGUGAAUAUGACUGAGAAGAACUACAAAGAUUUAAUGUUUCGUGAAGCUUUGAAAACUGGAUUUUAUGAUCUUCAAGCUGCUAGAGAUGAAUAUAGGCUUUCCUGUGGCUCGGCAGGAAUGAACCGUGAUUUGUUGUGGUGGUUUAUGGAUGUUCAAACAAGGCUGAUCACUCCUAUUUGCCCGCAUUAUGGUGAAUAUGUGUGGAAGGAGCUGUUGAAAAAGAAUGGGUUUAUUAUUAAAGCAGGAUGGCCAGAAGCUGGGUUACCUGAUCCAACUCUUAAAAGGGCCAACAAAUAUUUGCAAGAUUCUAUUGUCACAAUGAGAAAGCUUCUUCAGAAGCAAGCAUCUGGUUCAAAGAAAGGUAAAGCAAAUGCAUCAAGUCAAAAUAAACCUACCGUUGGCCUAAUAUUUGUGAAUGAGCAAUAUGAUGGAUGGAAAAGAGAAUGUUUGAACAUCCUUCGAGACAAGUUUGACAGCGGAACUUGUACUUUUGCUCCAGAUCAAGAGAUCUUGAAGGCAUUGCAGGAGAGUUCUGUCGGCAAGGAAGGUAAUUUUAAGCAGACUCAAAAGCUAUGUAUGCCUUUCAUGCGAUUCAAGAAGGAUGAGGUUGCUGCUGUCGGUGUUCAGGCCCUUGACCUGAAGUUACCAUUUGGUGAAAUCAAGGUCCUUGUGGAGAAUCUUGAGUUGAUCAAACGACAAUUAGGACUUGAAAAAGUUGAAGUCCUAUCUCCUACAGAUCCUGAUGCUAUUACAAGGGUUGGUCCAAAUGCAUCCUUGUUGAAGCAAAAUCCGCCAUCCCCUGGAAAUCCGACUGCUAUUUUCUUAAAUGAGUGAUGUUUAGAAUUUUACAUUUGUCUCUGAUAUCUAGACUUGAUUUCAGUUUCUUCUCAAUUUAGCAAAAGUUCUGUUCUUGAACUUUUUGCGGUCUUGAUAUUGUAGAUUGUUUCUAAUCUAUAUGAUAAACUGUGUUUUCUUA